AUGGUCAAAGAGCGCAUCCUGCACCAAUAUGGCAUCACGACAGAAAUGCAACGCCAGUGCUUCAGGCAGUUCCGAUACCAGGAAGCCAAAGGCCCCCAAGAAACCUGCCAAAUUCUCCAGGCCCUUGCACAGCGCUGGUUGAAGCCAGAAAGGCACACCAAAGAACAGAUUUUGGAGUUACUAAUUCUGGAGCAGUUUCUAACCAUCCUGCCCCCAGAAAUGCAAGACUGGGUCCAAGGAUGCUGUCCAGAGACUUGUGCUCAGACUGUGGAUCUCAUUGAAAGUUUCCAGCUGGGAAAUGAGCCACCAGUGCCAUUCAAAGACAUUGAUGUGACGUUCUCCAGUGAAGAGCAGGCCUUGCUAACUGAAGAGCAACGAGCACUGUACGAUGAUGUCAUGAUGGAGAACUUUCAGAAUGUGUCCACUCUGGGAAUUCCACUGGAGAAACCCGAGAUAAUCACCCGGAUACAGCAAGGGGGAGAACUGUAUUUUCAGAAUAAUACCAUAAAUUCUCCAAAAGAUCGAUUCAUAGGUGCUAGGCCAUCACAGCUAAAGAAGCCAACUGCAUCAGUAGGGGAGCACCCCAAACAGAAGAAGAAAUCUGAGGUUCUGAAUGAGCCACCCAUGCUGAACAAGGAAACCCAGUUGUGUGAAAAGAUUGUCCAGGAGAAAGAGCAUCAGCUGGCAUUUCUGGAAGUAAAAGUCCACGAAGCCCCUCUCCCGGUCACCACGUGGAAUCCUCCUUUCAGUGCCACUGUGGUCUCCGAUCUCACGUGCCCAGAUUGCGGACGGUCCUUCAAGCAGAGGUUUGACCUGCGCCAACACCGAUAUGUCCAUACCCGGGAGAAGCCAUAUGCCUGCACAUUGUGUGAAAAGUGUUUCAGGUGUUAG